GAAGAGAAGGAGUCGGGUGUUUGGAAGCAGCGGCGGCGGCUCCGGUUCCUUCCCCUCCCGACUUGUCCCUGGUGCCCUCCCCUUCCCAGCCAUGGAGCGGGCCAGCCCCUGCCCCUCGAGGGCCCUGCUCUUCUUCUGCUGGAUGCUCUCCUCCUCCUCCUCCGCUUUAGGGAAGACCAUCCGCUACCACACUUACGAGGAGGAGCCCCCGGGGACGGUGAUCGGAACCUUAGCCGACGAGAUGCCCUCCGACUCCGGGGAGCGGACAUUCCGGCUGAUGAAGCCGUCGGGGAACGGGUCUCUGGUGCUGGUGCGGGAGAGGGACGGGCAGCUGAGCCUGGGGCCGGAGAGGCUGGACCGGGAGCAGCUGUGCGGCCAAGCGGAGGGCCCUUGCCUGCUGGCCUUCGACGUGGUGAGCUUGGGGGGCAGCGUGGCCUCGUCCUACCGCCUGCUCCACGUCGAAGUGGAGGUGAGGGACGUGAACGACCACGCUCCCCGCUUCCCUCAGUCGGUGCUGGCGCUGGAGGUCUCGGAGAGCGCCGCCCCGGGCACCCGCCUCCCUUUGGCCUUGGCUUUUGACCCGGACGCCGGCACCAACGGCAUCCAGAGCUUCGCCGUCUCGCCCAACCGACACUUCGGCCUGGAAGCCCAAAGCCGCGCCGACGGCCUCAAGUGCGCCGAGCUGGUGCUCCUGACCGAACUGGACCGGGAAACCGAGGCCGCCUACCGCCUGGAGCUGGUGGCCAAAGACGGCGGCAGCCCGGCCCGAUCGGGCACCGCCACCGUCUCGGUCCGCGUCCUCGACGCCAACGACAACGCGCCCUCCUUCCCCCGCGGAGGCUCCCUUCUCACCGUCGAGCUGCCCGAGGACGCGGCCCCCGGUUCGCUGCUCCUGGAGCUGGAGGCUUCCGACCCGGACGAAGGGGCCAACGGGCAGCUCCGCUACUCCUGGGGCAGCCAGGUCUCCGUCGAGGCCCGGCGCCUCUUCGCUUUGGACCCGCUCUCCGGGCGCCUCACUCUUCGCGGCGCCGUCGACUACGAGCUCCAGCGGGCCUACGAGCUGGACGUCCAGGCCUCGGACCGCGGAGCCAGCCCUUUGGCCGCCUCUUGCAAAGUGGUCGUCCGCCUCCUCGACGUCAACGACAACGCCCCGGCUUUGGCCAUCACCGCCCUGCGGCCCCCGACGGAGAAGGACAACGAGGAAGAAGAGGAGGAGGAAGAAGAAGAAGAAGCCCUCGAGGGGGCGACAGUGGCUUAUGUGAGCGAGGCAGCCCCUGCGGAGAGUUUGGUGGCCCUGGUCAGCGCCUCCGACAGCGACGCCGGCGCCAACGGCCAGGUCCGCUGCUCCCUACUCCUCUCCCCCGACGGCAGCAGUGGAGAGCCUUCUGCCCCCUUCGCCCUCCACCGGGCCUACGAUGCCAGCUACGUGGUGCUGACCACCGGCUCUUUGGACCGAGAGCGCCGCCCUGAGUACAACCUGACGGUGGUGGCCGAGGAUCUAGGCUCCCCGCCGUCCAGGACCCUCCGCCGCCUGACGGUCCGCCUCUCGGACGAGAACGACAACCCGCCCCGCUUCUCUCGGCCGCGCUUCGAGGUGGCGUUGGCCGAGAACAACCCUCCGGGGGCCUCCUUAGCCACCCUCAGCGCCCACGACCCAGAUUUAGGCUCCAACGCCCGCCUGGCUUACCGGCUCCUGCCGCCCCCCGACGGUCAGAUCCUGGGGGCCCCUCUGGGCACUUUUCUGUCGGUGGACGCGGCCACAGGGGCCCUCUACGCCCUUCGCGCCUUCGACCGCGAGCGGCUCCCGUUCCUGGACCUCACCGUCCGCGCCACCGAUGGAGGGCAGCCCCCGCUCCACGCCGACGCCCCGCUCCGGAUCCGGAUCCUCGACGUGAACGACAACGCGCCUGUCGUGGUCCAGCCGCCCCUCCGCAACGGGUCCUUGGAGGUCCUGGUCCCCGGCAAAGCCCCCCGGGGCUCCACGGUGGCCCGCAUCCAGGCCCACGACGCCGAUGAAGGAGCCAACGCCGAGCUCAGCUUCGCCCUCCUGGACGACAUGGACCGCAAGGCAUCGGAAGAGGAGGAAGAGGAGGCUCUGGAGCUGUUUGCCGUCGAUGAACGGACGGGGGAAAUCGUGCUGACCGGCAGCCUCUCCGGGGCGCCCCUGGGCCGCGUCUACCGCCUCCUGCUGAGAGUAGCCGACCACGGACAGCCCCCGAUGGCCACCUCCGUCCCCCUCCGCUUCGUGGUGGCCGCCUCCUGGCCCCCCUCCGUCGAGCGGGAGGCAGGCAGCAAAGCCCGAGGGGAGUUCAAGGAGUUGGCAUCCUCCUCCUCGUCGUCGUCGUCGUCGUCGGGGGUGCAGUGGGACACCCCUCUGAUCGUCAUCGCGGUGCUGGCUGGGAGCUGCACCCUCCUCCUGGCUGCCAUCAUCACCAUCGCCACCACCUGCAAGAGGAGGAGGAGGAGGAGGAAGGGCAAGGACGCCCAGGAGGUGGAGGACACCCUCAACGGCCCGCCUCGCCUCGACCUGGAGGGCUCCCCCGGCAAGGGCUUCCCCGAGGCCCCCUCUUCCCCGCCCUUCCCCAGCAAGGCCGCCCCGACCAGCGAGGACCUCACUCCGGCCGCUUCCGACGGUGGCAGCAGCAGCAGCAGCGCCGUCCCCGGACUCUACGACGCCCAGAGCCGCCUCCGAGGAGCCAACGGGGCUGAACCUUACACCUCUAAUCCUAGCUAUAGCAAAGAGCCGGUGCCCCCCAUGGCCAUCUGGAAGGGCCACUCCUUCAACACCAUCUCCGGCAGAGAAGCGGACAAAUUCAGCGGCAAGGACAGCGGCAAAGGUGACAGCGACUUCAACGACAGCGAUUCCGACAUCAGCGGAGAUGCCCUGAAGAAGGACCUCAUCACCCACAUGCAGAAUGGUUUGUGGGCUUGUACUGCUGAAUGCAAGAUCCUAGGCCACUCCGACCGAUGCUGGAGUCCUUCCUGUGGUCGCCCCAACACACACGCCGCUCCCCACCCAAAGACCCAGCUCUCCACUUUCUGCAAGAGCACCUCACUGCCAAGGGACUCCCUUCGCCGAGACAAUUUUUACCAGGCACAGUUGCCAAAGACUGUGGGACUUCAGAGUGUCUAUGAGAAAGUCUUGCACAGGGAUUAUGACAGGACAAUGACAUUGCUGUCUCCUCCCCAUCCAGGGAGACUGCCAGACCUCCAAGAGAUCUCAGUACCCCUAUACCAGGCCCCCUCUACUCGCUACUUAGGGCCUCCACCAGAGACCAGUCAGAAAGUCUAACUGCCUCCCGGCACUUGACUUGAGCUCAGGCCCCCAGAUCUCAGGCCAGAGAAAUAACUUGAGAAACUGGUGUCAGGCCCUGGAAAGCUGAAUUUCUCAAAUGAUGCAUUCACUGGGGAUGUUUUCUCUCCCCCCACCCACCUACCUUCUGCAUUUUGCGGUUUUGUUGAAGAGGACAGUGACUCUGAGCAUGUGCAAAGUGUCUUUCACAUGGUUUUGUGACCAUAACCAGCUCCAACAGGCCUCCAAGUUUACAGGAAAAGUCUUUGCAUCUUAACACCUCUCUUAAAAAGAUUAUAAACACUGCUUCCAUUCUGAGCUCCCCCAUCCCAACUCCAGCAUGCACCUACAUAAAUGCACACAGAUCAUUUCCAAGAGUUCUUAAAUUAUUGACCAGGUUCAGUGUACAAAGAAUAAGCAAAAUGUGCCUUAAUUUAUAGACAUGUGUUUAUGUAUGCAUGCAUGUAUGCAUACAAAUAUAUAUGCACACAUAGUCCUGGACAUACACACACAGCUAGGUGUGUGUAUGGAAGCCUAUGUGUGCUUGCGUAUGCACGUAUAUGCACACAUACACAUGUGCACACAGAAGUACAUGCAUAACCAUGUAUGUAUAUGUGGGCAGGUUUGUAUAGAUAGAUAUAUAGAUAUAUAUGGUGUGUUAAAGAAGUUGUUGGGAAAGAUUUCCAAUUACGUUGGUACUGUUUGAUAUUUGCAAACAAAACUCUUUGUAGUUAAUGUAAUUUUUAUGAAAUGUGCAGUAUUUAAUUUUUUUCUAUGUUGCUCUUUCGCUUCACCCAUGGCCUGCCUUUUUGUAGUUUUUUUUUAACCUGUAUAUCAUGUAAUGUAAUGUUUGUAUAUAAAGAAAUUUCAUUCUAUUUUUAUAUAAUAAAACCUUGGGGAAGGGGGACCAGAAAUUCUUGCCAAAGGAAGUGUCUGAAAGACAUGCUCAGAAGAAAAAGAACACUGAAUCCUUUAGGAAUCACUAAAAAAGAACUUUCACAGAUUAAUGAUAGGUUACUUAAGCAGCUUGCUUGUAUGGGAAAGACUGCCUUGCCAAGUGUGAAUUGUGUUUCUGGAGUCCAUGGUCAGUUUGAAACUAAUUGUGGUUUAAUUAUUCUGUGUCACUUGUAUAAACACUAAUAAAGGACAUGUUAAG